GGCGGGGCUUCGGUUUCGUCGCGGUCGCGAACACCUCAGGAGCGGAGGCGGAGGAUGGAGCAGGAGGGCUGACGAAUGACAGGUCGGCCGGAGCGAGGGAGGUGCCUGAGCAGAGGACUCAGCCAAUGGAAAUGCAAGGUCCCCAAGCUAGGAGGCGGGGAUAUUCGGAGGGGCUUCCGCCAAUCGCCGUCGUGAACACCUCAGGGGGGGAGGAGCCGGGAGGCCGGCGAAUGGGUGGGUAACGAGAAGGCCGACCCAGCCUCUUAGGAUCAGCCAAUGAGAACCGUGCGAACCAUGCAAAGCGUCGGGAUUUCCCCCAAUCGCCUUUAAGAGGAGGGCGGGCGGAGGAGCAGCGAUUCAGAGCGAGCCAGUUAAAAGAAAAAAACAAAACCCCCGCAACGACAACAAAGCCUUUGACCAUUAUCCGUGUUUAAAUUUGUCCUUCGGGCGCUGCCGUACUGCCCCCGGAAGUGACCGCGAUUUCAUUUGCCUGCGGCCGAGGGGACGGGCGGGGGCGGCGUCGGCCCUGAGGGAGGCGGAGGGCGGUGUGGCCCUGCUAGGCCGAGGAAAGAGUUGCCGAGGGCUGCCUGCGAGCCUGGAGGAGGCGAGGGAAGGAGGGGGCCCGCCGGUGCUGCCUUCGCCGAGGAGAGGCUGCUGCUGCUGCUGCGAUGGAUUCCUGGGUGCGAUUCAGCGCCCAGAGCCAAGCUAAGGAGCGGGUCUUCAGGUGCGGCGGAGGGCGGGGAGGGAGAGGCAGGGGACCGCGAAGGGUAUCAAGAGCCAACCCGCUCCCGGUGCCGUCUCUUGGGGCGCCUUUCGUUUGGGGGAAGCGGAGCGGGGGAUUCGUGUAAUGAUCGUGGUUCGUUAUUAUGAUCCACAUUAUUAAUACUGUGUUGUCACCAGGUUAUUGUUGUUACUGUAUUCUUAAAUAUUUUACAUUUCUUUAGUCAUUGCUAUUUUGAUGUUUCUUUUGGUUUAUCAUUUAUCAUUAUUUGUACUUUAACCACCCUCCUUUCAUCCCAAGGUGGGCCAGGGUGUCGGAUAGUGAUUAGAAGUGUCGGACGAGGACCCAGGAAAGAUCAGAGUUCAACACACACAGACACAUAAACACACCCCUCGGCCACGACUUUUGGCCAGUCUCUCUCUCUCUUUCUCUCUUUCUUUUUCUCUCUUUCUCAGCCUAACUGCCUCACAAGGUUGCUGUGAGGGUAACAUGGAGCGGGAGGAGAACUUUAUGUGCCCCCUUGAGAACUCCUUGGAGAAAAAGGUGGGAUGUGAAUGCAGUAGCCAAUAGGAUAAGAAAUAUGAGUAAGCAAACUAAAACUCAGUAUUAAAAACAAUUUAAGACAACUCACAAUCCUAAAACAAUAAGGAGUGCCUUUAAACUAUAUAACAUAUCAAAUGUCAAAAGCCAUAUUUUUUUUGGGGGGGGGUGAGUUUGAGACUUCUUGGUAGAGCCACCAACCUGUGGUACCAGGCGCAAAAGAGAGAGAGUGAGAAAAGACUUUUUGUUUUUAUGUCUUUGUCACAUUUAUAUCCUACCUUUUUUUUCUCAAAGGAGUUUAAGUUGGUGCAACAUGAUUCUCCUCCUCCUCAGUUAAUCUUCAGUUAAUCCCCACAGCAAGCCUGGAAAGUAGGUUUGGCUGAGAGGCAAUGACUGGCCCAAGAUCACCCAGAGUGAGGAUUUGAACCCUGGUCUCCCCCAGGUCCUAAUCCAGUACUCGAACCACUACAGAAUGCUGCCUUCUUAUCGAUUAUUAUUAGACUUCCCUUUUAAAAAAUGAAAAGAAAAUACAAUUGCAUUUUUAAUUUUACAUUCAAUAAGCAAAAGAAAAAAAAACACACAAUAAAAGCAUAAAAUCCCCUUUUACUUCCCUCCCCUCCCCCUUUGUGCAUCCUCAUAUAAUGAUUUUCUCUCUGCAUCUCUUCCAUAACACUAUUUUACAAAUCCUUUGCCAAUCCAUAGUUCAAAUUUUUACUACAAGUUUUCUGUCAAGCUUACCAAUGAAUGUAAUUGUUUACAAUAAUUUUUCAAAUAAGUUAUAAACUUUCCCCAUUCUUUAUUAAAAUCUGCCUCUUCCUAGUUUCUAAUUCUUCCUGUAAGUUUUGCCAUUUCAGCAUAGUCCAUCAAUUUUAGUUGCUGCUCUUCUUUGGCCGGAAUUGUGCCGCCUUUCCACCUCUGGGCUAGAAGAAUCCAGACUGCUGCUUCCAAGUAGUCCUUCCACACACUAAUAUGCUUCAGUUUACCUUUGCACGCACACACCUUCCUGUGCAAUUUCCUCAUUUCACUAGCAUUGUUUGGGGCACGUGGUUCAUUCUGUUGUUUUCCUUGCUAUAACAGCUGUAGGUCAAAAAUCCUUCCCAAAUUGUGUGACAGUAGGUCCUGAUUUGUCGUCUGGCUACUUUCUGACUAUAUGCCUUUUAAAUGGAUUUUUAUUGCUUCUUUUUAAAGAAAGAAAUAAGGGGGGAUUUUUCCAGGAGCGGGGGCAAAAUAAAUGCUCCAGGAAAAGAUAAUUGGUAUCAGAGAACACGUGUAGCCUUUUUGGUAGAUAUGUUGGCUGAACAGUGAUGUGACCUGGCACGUCUGUCUCUGAAAGACUUAUACUGCAAGUUUGCUCCUCCCUUGUUUCUCAGUGGUGGCCAAAUAAUACCUUCCCACUCACCACUGACACUCUCAGUUCUUUCAUCUCCCCCAGCCCAUAAUUAAUUGUACCAGCAGUGCAAUCUGCUUUACAGUUGCUUCCCCCUGCAUUUCCAUACCCCUCCCUGCCCAAAACCAGGAUAGCUAUGCUAGACUGCAGCGUUGUGUAAUAUGCUACUCUUAACCACCCCCAUCAAAAUGGGUUCCAUUGCAGGGGUGGUUUAAUCCACACACUCUCAGCCACACCCUGUCCUCUGCAUUAUGGGACUAGAGAUGAUGAACUUUAUCGCAUUGGCAUUAGCAGAGCUAUUUUUUAUUUGUUUAAAAAGUUUACAAACUCAGGGAAAGCACACCCUCUUUUGAUGGAAAUAAACUUUAAAUUAAAAAAACCACGAACGUACUUCUCUUUCCUGCUACUUUUUGCUUUGGGCCGACACAAUCCCCUCUCCCCAUCACAGCUGCACUAAAAAUCUCAGAUUGUUCGAUUUUCUUCCACUGGCCAGUAGCAAUUGUUUGGUUAGUGGUUCCCAAACUUUCUCCCCUCCACAAUCCAUUUGUAAGUCAUGCACCUUAAUGUUUCGCAGGGUGCAUUUGCUUUUUCCCAGCUGGGAAGACUCCUGAGCAAAGGAGGCUUUUCUUAAAGUUCAGGAUUGUACAGUUAAUUUGUUAAGAUGCUCUUUGCAAAAUGAUUCUACUUGUAGAGAAAGGGUCUGUCCACAGAGUGUUUUUGCUUCUGUUCAUGAUACAGUAGCAGCAGGAAUUUAUGGUGAUGCAAUAACUCCUUCACUCCUCUCACAUCUUAUUGCAUACCCUUAGGAUGGCCAAGAGCUCCUCCAAAGUUCAAACUUCAAGGACGUAACAAGCACUCUGUGUGGUUGCCUUUCUCCCUUCCCUUCUGGAGGCUUGCCGGAGCUUGAGAAUAUGUUGGUUGCACUCUCUGUUUGGCCUGGCAGUGUGUGAUUGGGGGUCUUAAGCAAGCCUUGUAUUGCCAUCCACUGCCCUCCAGAUAUUUUGGAUUACAACUUCCUUCAUCCCUGACCAUAGACUGCGCUGGCUGAGGCUAAUGGGAGCAGCUGUAGUUCAGAACAUCUGGAGGUCAUCAAGUUGGAGAAUGUUGAAUACAGUGGUGCCUUGCAAGACGAAAUUAAUUCGUUCCGCGAGUUUUUUCGUCUAGCGAAUUUUUCGUCUUGCGAAGCACGGUUUCCCAUAGGAAUGCAUUGAAAUUCAAUUAAUGCGUUCCUAUGGUCAAAAAAAGUCCAAACAAAGCCAAAUUUGGUACAACAAGAGUUUAUUAACUGCUCUUUAAAGUCACACAUACUUUAAAGAGCAUAUCAAAAUUGAAGGAACAAUAAAUUAAGUUUCUAAACAUGACAGGAAAAACAUUUAAAAAUCAAAAAAGGGUACAUUACAUUUUCUAAGACUCUGGGGGGACCACUCGAAGAAGGUUCCUCUUCCACUCUUUGCUUCUUGCUGAGGAACCUGUCCAUGGUCUGCUGCUUCAUCCGCCUUUUCAGCAGCUCCCUGAGAGGCAACAUGACCGUUGUAUCAAAAGUGUUCGCUUGGUCAUGUGCCACGUGCUUGAUAGGGUGGUGCCGCUCUGCAAAAGCCUGCACCUCCUUCCACUUCUGGCAAAUGUCCCUCAGUUCUUUGGAGGACGGCCGUUCCUCAGUUGCUUCCUCCUCUUCCAGCGAGGCCUGCUCCUGCGCAACCUCUGACUGCAGUUCAACCAGCUCCUGGGUGGUCAGCUCGUGGUCGUGCUCCUCCACCAGCUCGCAGACGUCCUCCUCUGUGACCUCCAGGCCCGUGGUCCUCCCCAAGGCAACAAUGUCCUGCACCACUGUUGACUCUGGUGCAUCAGAGUCACUUGGUGCCACACAGUCCGGCCACAGGCUGCGCCAAGCGCAAUUCAAAUUUCUCUGGCUGAUCCCGUUCCAGGCCGUGGUGAUCAUCUUCAAGCAGGUGACGAUGUCGAAGUGGUCCUUCCAGAAUUCCCGCAGGGUGAUGGUGGUGCAAUCAGUCACCUCGAAGCAUCGCCUGAAAAGCUCCUUGGUGUAGAGUUUCUUGAAAUUGGCGAUGACCUGCUGAUCCAUCAGCUGGAGCAGUGGCGUGGUGUUAGGCAGCAGGAACAUGAUGUUGAUGAAGCUGAACUCCUCCAACAAGUCCAUCUCAAGGCCUUUAGGAUGAGCAGGAGCAUUGUCCAUCAGAAGCAAAGCCUUCAGCGGCAGGUCGUUGUCCAGCAGGUACUGUUUGACAGCAGGGCCAAAAGCAAGAUUGACCCAGUCCACAAACAGCACACGUGUGACCCAAGCCUUGCUGUUGGAUCGCCACAUGACACUCAGCCGCUCCUUGUCGACCUUGUGUUUCUUGAAGGCCCGUGGGUUCUCCGAGUGGUACACCAGCAGGGGCUUGAUCUUCAGGUCGCUGCUUGUGUUGGCACAGAAGAGCAGGGUCAGACGGUCCUUCAUGGGCUUGUGGCCAGGCAACUUGGCCUCCUCCUGUGUGAGGAAAGUCCUUUUGGGCAUCCUCUUCCAAAACAGCCCGGUCUCGUCGCAGUUGAAGACCUGCUGUGGAACGUAGCCCUCCGUCUUCACAACCUCCAGGAACUCCAAGGCAAAGUCUUCAGCCGCAGGAACAUCAGAACUGGCAGCCUCUCCAUGCCUGACCACGCUGUGGAUUCCAGAUCUUGCCUUGAACCGGUCAAACCAGCCUCUGCUUGCCUUGAAGACUUCUGGCUCGGCCGAGGUUCCUGGCUGUUCCCGGAUGAGGUCUGCGUGCAAGGCCUUGGCCUUCUCACAAAUGACGGCCUCAGUCACUGUGUCCCCUGCACGCUGCUUCUCUUCUAACCAGAUGAGCAGCAACUUCUCGACCUCCUCCAGAACAGCUGGGCGGUUCUUCAUGAUCCUGGUGACUCCCUUGGCUGCAUCAGUCGCAAGGAUCUUCUCCCUCAUCUUCAGGAUGGUCCCGAUGGUCGAUGGGUUCCUGCCGUACUCCCUGGCGAGGUCCGUCACACGCAUUCCACCGUCGUGCUUCCGGAUGAUCUCCUUCUUCAUCUCCAGCGUCACCUUCUCCUUCUUCCUCUCGCCGGCCUCCGCAGCAGCAGCAGUCUUCUUGGGUCCCAUGGCAGCACAGCUGUUACCUUUGUAAACUCAGAAAAAGAAAAAAAAAAAUCAGCAAUUCAAACCCAGAACCAAGUCCUUGAAUUCCAAACACCCAACCCAAAAUCCAAAACCCCCCAAAAAAGUUUUAAAAGUUUAACUUACGAAAUGGCUGCAAAUCACCAAAGUCUUCAAAAACCUCAACUGUUCCCCCAGCCCCUCCCCAACUGUUGCAAACCCCUCCCCAACUGUUGCAAACCCCUCCUCAACUGUUCCCCCAUCCACCCAGCACACAGAAAUUCAAAAAUUCAAACCCAGAUUAUUUUUUUUAAAAAAAUAAACAUGGCCCAAUGGUCACAGAAAAUCAUAAAAAUGCAGAAAAAAACCACACAAGCUCCCAGAUUCUUGCAAACCCCUCCCCAACACCAAGUCCUUGAAUUCUAAACACCCCAACCCAAAAUCCAAAAACCCCAAAAAAAGUUUUAAAAGUUUAACUUACCAAACAGCUACAAAAGAAGUUUUGGAAAAGCUUCAAAAAUCCAGCAAACUCUUUAAAAAGCUCAGAAAGGCCACCACACCGCGUGCAAUGUGUUGCUCCUCGAGGUCAAGUCGCAACUGCACCUCUUCCAGCAAUGCACCCUGGGUUUUAACGGUUUUACGAAAAGGAAACAAACUUGCAAGACGUUUUCGUCUUGCGAAGCAAGCCCAUAGGGAAAUUCGUCUUGCGAAGCAACUCGAAAACGAAAAAACCUUUCGUCUUGCGAGUUUUUCGUCUUGCGAGGCGUUCGUCUUGCGGGGCACCACUGUACAUGGAUAUUUAUGUGACAUAUCCUAAUCUGAAAUAUAUAUCUGUAUAUAUCUAUAUAUUUAGUUAUUCCAGGAGGCUCUCAUGGACCCACUUACGCAGUACAAGUAUACACCUCCCCUCCUUUUUGCUUUAGCUUUUUGCCUCGUGCUGCCAGCUAUUGCAAUAGGGCUACUUCAUUGGGGCCUCAAGUAUCUUCUCUACCAGGCUAAUCCCUUUCCACUGUUUGUUUCUUUCCUCCUAGGGCUGCCCAGUAUGCCUGCACUCUGCUCGGCUACUCACUGCAGAAGUAUGGGGCCAGCCCUGAUUUCAUUGCUAGGAUCAAGCAGCUGGAGGCUCACAUGAGCUUGGGGCGCAAGUGUGAGUGCAAGAGGGGUUGACUGGGACCCGAGAGGGUUGGGGAGGGAUUCAUUUUUAUUUAUUUGAGGAAAUUUCUGUAGCACUUAGUAUACAUCUAUGUAGUGCACGGCAGAUUUUUUAAAAAAACAUGUUUUACAAACAUGCAGUAAAAACAUUGACGCAAAUGCAAUGCAAAUAUACAUUUGGAUAUUAGUACUGUAACUGAGUGGGACGCGGGUAGCGCUGUGGGUUAAACCACAGAGCCUAGGGCUUGCCGAUCAGAAGGUCGGCGGUUCGAAUCCCUGCAAUGGGGUGUGCUCCUGUUUCUUGGUCCCUGCUCCUGCCAACCUAGCAGUUUGAAAGCACAAAAGUGAAGUAGAUAAAUAGGUACCACUCCGGCGGGAAGGUAAACGGCGUUUCCAUAUGCUGCUCUGGUUCACCAGAAGCGGCUUAGUCAUGCUGGCCACAUGACCCAGAAGCUGUAUGCCGGCUCCCUCGGCCAAUAUAGCAAGAUGAACGCCGCAACCCCAGAGUCGUCCGCGACUGAACCUAAUGGUCAGGGGUCCCUUUACCUUUACCUUACUGUAACUGAAUACUGAUGUUAGCCCCUCCUUUAACACACCUCCCCACACUCAGCACCACUCAAGCCUCCUGACUCUCAUCCAGGACCCAAGCAAACCCACAGGCCGCCCUAAAACCUCACAGAAAAGAGGGUACUCCUGAACCUGCCGGCUUAAGAGCCUAAGAAGAUCCUGCUGGAUCAGGUCAUUGGCCCAUCUAGUCCAGCAUCCUGUUCUCACAGCAGCCAACCAGCUGCCUGUGGGAAACCUGCAAGCAGGACCUGAACACAGGAGCCUUCCCCCCUCCUGUGGCUUCUAGCAACAGGUAUUCAGAAGCUUUGCUGCUGCCAACUGCAGAGGAGCAGCAUAGCCAUCGCAGCUGGCAGCCUUCUCUGUGAUUUUGUUGGAUCUUCUUUUAAAGCCACCUGAGUUGGUAGCCACCUGUGGGAGUGAGUUCCAUAGUUUAGCUAUGUUCUGUGUGAAGAAGGACUUUCUGACUUAGCCCCAGUUCCUCACUCUAGGGCUUACAUGCAGGCACUAAGGUCUCAUCGCCUCCUCAGGCUUCCCACAACUGUGUCCCCUCCAGCAAUCAGUCAGCUGCUCUCAGCACACCCAGUUCCACUCCAGGAUCUGGUGGACCUAGGGCAGUGGUGGCCAAACUUGGCCCUCCAGCUGUUUGGGGACUACAGUUCCCAUCAUCCCUGGCCACUGGUCCUGUUAGCUAGGGAUGAUGGGAGUUGUCGUCCAAAAACAGCUGGAGGGCCAAGUUUGGCCACCACUGACCUAGGGUAUUAAAAAAGGGCAGGCUUCAUUUAUUCAUGCUAAAUUGUUUCUGCAUCAUUUCGCCCUUUUUUUGAAGUUGUAAAAUGCUUCAUAAGUACAGUGGAACAUCGGUUUUCGAACGUAAUCCAUUCCGGAAGACCGUUUGAUUUCCGAAACGUUCGAAAACCGAAGCGUGCAUUUCCGGAAGCAUUUACAUCCAGAAAACUCAAUAUGGAAGCCGCGUGGCAUGUUCAGCUUCCAAAAAGUGGUUCAAAAACCAAAGCACUUACUUCCGGGUUUUCGGCAUUCGAAAGUUGAAACGUCCAACUUCCAAGACGCUCGAAAAUCGAGGUACCACUAUACAGGAGAGCAGCCCUCCUAGAUCAUAUUGAAGAGCCACCCACCCAGCCUCUAGUCACCCACAUAGUUCAGCCAGACUGCCUCCAGUAAGCCUCAGAGGCACGAAAUCUCUCCCCAUGUAGCAGCUCCCUUAGGAACUGCUUUUCAGCACACCUUAUUGUUUAAGGUUGUUCCCAUUUUACAGAUAGGGAACCUAGACUGAUAAAGCAGGUUUCUCAAGGCUUCCCAGAAAGUUUGUGCCUGAGCUCUGUUAGUCCAGGCUUGUAAGUAGCCAGUUGCCUGGUCCACUCUGUCAAGUAGGAACCUUCCCCCAGGUAACUAAACGAAGAUGGUGAUUUUGGUUUUUGCCACAGUUGGUUACGUGCAGCCAUGUAGGAUAGGAAAACCUAUUUGUUGGAUAGUAACUUGUACAGCAUUAUGCAACCUUGUGAUCCUUACAGCCGUCCUAUAAGGUAGACCUAUAUUGGGCCUACCUUGCAAGGUUGCUGUAAGGAUCCUCUCCCCACAUGGCAGGGGUUUAUUGGUGCUGAGAAUGGCCUCCCCAGUCUAAUGAGGUCAUAUCAGCAGUAAAAUGCAAACCAGGAACCUAAUGAUUCCUAGCUCCCCUGUUUCGUAGCUGCUGUGUUAUCCUAGUUAGCAAAGCUGUCCUAGAAUCUGGCCUCUUGAAGAUCCCCUUGGUCUAUCUGGCCCCAUCUCCUGCCACUCCUAAGGCAAACACCUGCUGUCUAAGGACGCAUUCAGACAGCCAGUUAACACCAAAUCUGAUUGCAGUUUGGAGCUUCUCCUUUAAAGAGCUGCAGAAGUGAGACCAAUGUGGGACAACCACUUUAACUUGGGAUUCCUUUCCAGUGUUCCGGCUGGGGAAUUCUUCAGAUGCCCUGGAAGCGGCCAAACGGGCCAUCCACCUGUCAGACAUGGUCCUUCGCUUCUGCAUCACUGUCAGCCAUCUAAACAGAGCCAUGUAUUUCGCCUGUGACAAUAUCCUGUGGGCAGGGAAAUCAGGUCUCGCCCCGCACAUGGACCAGGAGAAAUGGAGCCAGCGGUCUUUCAGGUGAGGUUUUUUUAAUUGUAUGAAUGUGCGCUUUUAUUAACGCUAUUGAUGGGCAUAAAAUGUUGCAUCGGUCUGCUGACUGCAAAUAAAAACACUGUGUAAGUCGGCUGUCGCAGCUGAUAUCUGUUGAUAGUGUUGGGAUACUGCCGAGGAGACGGGGGCAUUUGGCAGGCCCCCAGCUGGCUCCAGCCACUGGCCAGCAGCUGGGCGAACUCUGGUUCCUGGAACAGCAUCAAUCAGCGACACAAGCCUCAGAUAUCUUUAGAGACUUGGCACACUCUAAUCAGCAGCGUGAGUAACUUCUCACAACAGAAGUGGCGGACAGAGACAUGUGUAAGCAUUAUUUACAGGCGUUUAUUCAGCAUAGUUCAGGAACAAAGGAAAAAAACAUGUUUGCUUCCCUUCGUGUCCAAGCACACAGCAACAAAACAAAAGCAGUAUACAAACGGAAGUUCCCAGCAAGCCUGUCCUGGAAGUAAACAGGCAUCUGACACACAACAGCCAUGCCUGUUCCUUUCAAGGUGGAACGGAACUAUAUCCUAACAGAAGUUAAGGACUUUUCUUCCUCCCCACCCCUUUGCCUUUUUUCCAGGUAUUACCUCUUUGCACUGAUCAUGAACCUGAGCAGGGACGCCUAUGAGAUCCGGCUGCUGAUGGAGCAUGAGGCGAACGGGAAGUGCCAGCGAGGCGGUGGUGGAGACAGCCCCAGAGUGGGGGAAGACCACCGGCUCCAGCAGCUGAUCUUGAGGCUGAAGCUGCAGGUCCGCCUCCUGUGUCACGUGCUGAGGGACAACCCCCCUCUGCUCCUGGACCUGGCGAAAAACGCCUGCGAUAUUUUUAUCCCCAUGGACAAGCUGGGCCUGUACAAGACCAACCCAGGGUUCGUGGGGCUCUGCGGCUUGACGUCUUCCGUUAUCUCCAUUCUUACCAUUGUCUUCCCAUGGCUGAAGCUGAAGCCUUGAAGGGCGGGAGCAGGGGGGUGGGGCGGCUAGCUGGUGUCUGUGGAGCAGGCCAUAUGUCACAGGGCUUCCUCUUUCUACGUGUUCCACUUCCAGGGGCCAGCACGAGGCGUUUGUGAUUUUGACAGCUUUAGGCAGCCGGUGGCCGUUUGUGUAGCAUGGGCUCCUUGGUACAUGGGGACUUGGGCCUGUUGGCGCUUUGGGGGACAUCUAAUUUGCACUCAGUUUUAAGUGGGGGACAGCAACUUCGAGACCAACUUUCCUCACUCCUCUGAGCCACCGUACUAUAAGCCUCCUAUGCAGAUGGUCCUCAAGAUCUAUCCUUCCGCUGGCUUGCCCCUCCUCUGCCCUUCCCACUUCACAAUACCUCUCCCCACAAAUCCCAACCACUCACCUGCUCUUUUUAAUUCAUCCUGGGCUGCUCUGCAACGGUUAAGCCCCCAGUGAACUGUGGGAAUGCAUCCUUCAAUGCUCUGACAUUGGAGCAACUGGGGAAGGGAUCGGAGCUAUGCUAUGCCCUGCCACACCCAGCCUCCUCCACUCUUGAGCAGGAGGUGAAAAGUGAAGUGCAUAAACCUAGUGACCGGCUGCCUCGUGGCAUGGUACCCCUUGGCAAGGAAGGAAGGUCUGGGGAAAUGAGGCCCUGUGGCAUUCUGCAUCCUCUCUGCCUCUUUGCGGGGAGGCCAAGGGAGAACGGCUGUGGAGCUGGGGCCAUGUUUGGACUGAAGAGUAAGCACAUGCCCAGUAAACGGGCUUCUGGUAUUCCUAUCAAGCUGUGGCUCCUAUUUUUUUAUGCUUCACCACUCCAAUAACAAGCAGAGCUUUAAUGUCUGCAUUUCCUCAACCUGGUCCUCCUCCAGAUGUCCUAAACCCUGGCUCCCAUCAGCCUGCAGCCACACUGAGCAUGAUGGAAGUUGGAGUAUCCACACGGCUUGAGAAUUAGGAAGGGCUGUUCUCUGCUAUGCCUUGAUAUUUGGCGCUGUUAAUUCCUUUUCCUGAUUUUGCAAGCCUCUCCCCCAUCCCUCCGUCUCAAAACAACUUUUGAAAUCGAGUGACCUCCUGAAGCUAAAUGUAGUCAGCCACAGAGAGUUUUCUUUGGUAUUACUAUUUUUAAAUGGUGGGUGGCUCCUGUUUGCCUGGGGGAGGGUUAAGUUCUGAGUAGGGAUGUUGGUUUUCUGCCAGGCAGCUCACAGGGCAUGGCAUGUGCUCCAGAUCUGGUUAUGAUCUGAUACUUUAUAUAAAGUCAGGUUUCUUGCCGUCAUUGUUCUACAGCGAGAGCUGGCAAAUUCAGACCCUGAGAAGACUCCUGUCAAAGAACUUUGGGGGAUAGGGGAAGCCUUACCCAGCAGACUUCUCUGCUAGGUAUCUCCUUCUCUGCCGCUCUUAAGACAUAGGAAUCGUCUCAGAGUAUGCACAUAGCCAUCUUACUCCUCACACCCUGUGGCUGCCACCUCAUUUCCCUUCACAGGAGCUCUGUGCCUUUAGUAGUUGCACAACAGACAGACAUUCCACCUACUCCCCUUUCAGUACUGCUUCUUAAUCUCCACCUUCAGCACCACCCAUCUGCCCUGCUCAUAACCCCAUUCCUGGUUUUGAAACAGGUGUUUCAAACUAGGAGCAGGUGAUAUACCCCGUUCCUCUGCUAAUACAGUGCAGUACCCUCCAGAUGUUGCGGAGCUUGUGGCCUCCAUCUUUCACCAUUGGCCACACUGGUUGGGUCUGAGCAGAGUUUGGUGGGAGGAGCCUACAGCAGUAUCAGGAGGGCACCAUAUUGGCUACCCCAGGAUUAAAAAUUUACCAUUUCUCCCAGUCCUCAACUACACUUCUACCUUUCCCUCUUACUAGUGUAUCAAAUAAACAGGGUUGAUCAUUUGAUCCAAUAAAGUAAGGUUGGCAUAUGUUGUGUA